AUGUCCCAAAAAGAAGCUUCACAAGAAAAAAAAUGCGCCCACAGGACUGAGCUUUAUACUGAGGUUCCACCAACAUGCCUGCCCAUCGUCUACUCCCCAGAGUACAACAUCACCUUUAUGGGCCUUGAAAAGCUGCAUCCAUUUGAUGCUGGGAAAUGGGGGAAGGUCAUUCACUUUUUAAAAGAGGAGCAGUUUGUCACGGACGGGAACAUUGUGCAGGCCCGGGAGGCCACUGAAGAGGACCUGCUGGUUGUCCACACAAAACGUUACCUGAACAAACUGAAGAACCAUAUCUUGGAGGGCUCAAGAGAGUGGUCUCUGGUGGUGGCCACCAUCACUGAAAUUCCACCGCUUCUGUUCCUGCCCAACUUCCUGGUGCAGAGGAAGGUACUGAGGCCCCUACGCACUCAGACGGGUGGGACCAUCAUGGCAGGAAAGCUGGCGAUAGAUCGGGGAUGGGCCAUUAAUGUGGGAGGUGGCUUCCACCACUGCUCCAGUGAUAAAGGAGGAGGUUUCUGUGCAUAUGCUGACAUUACACUCGCCAUCAAGUUUCUGUUUGAGAGGGUGGAGGGGGUAUCCAAGGCGACCAUCAUCGACCUGGAUGCUCACCAGGGAAAUGGACAUGAGCGAGACUUUCUAGAAGACAGAAGAGUCUAUAUAAUGGAUGUGUACAACCGCUACAUCUAUCCUGGAGAUGGGUAUGCCAAACGGGCUAUAAAGAGGAAGGUGGAGCUGGACUGGGGCACUGAGGACCAGGAGUAUCUGCAGAAGGUGGAGCUUCACUCAGAGGGGGCGCUGAAUGAGACCCGGCCUGACAUCAUCAUCUACAACGCCGGGACCGACAUUCUGGAUGGUGACCCACUGGGAGGAUUGGCAAUAUCCCCACAGGGCAUUGUGAAGAGGGAUGAGGUUGUCUUCAGGGCGGCCCGGCGGCGCGGGAUCCCCAUCCUCAUGGUGACAUCCGGGGGUUACCAGAAGAAGACGGCGCGCAUCAUCGCCGACUCCAUCCUCAAUCUGCACCGGCAGGGCCUGGUAGGGGACGUGGCCACCGAUGAGGUGGGGCCCUCGCUCGUCCCCCUGAUGAUGAGCAAGUCGGCGUCGGCGGUGGAAACACUAUCUGCACACUGAGCGAGGCCUUAGGGUCUUACCCUCCGGCUGGGCAGUGCCAUAAAUCUGGCUGCUCUGGUGUCUCAUCUAAAGUCUCUUUUCAUUACCAUGGCGUGGAGCUCCUUGGUUUGGCAUUGCUCAGGUGCAGAGUGAGUUUUCAGGUAUACAUACUCCUCCCUCCUUGCUUUCUGUGUUACUGUAAAGAUGUUAUGGCGAUUGAGUCAUGCCCUGUGGAGUCUGUGGUCAAGUGACAGUACUGGCCACCACACUACUUUAAACUUUAAACUUUAAAAGGGACCUUUAAGUGGAUCUGUUUAACAUGACUUACUGUGUUUCAUGUUCUGUAAAAAGAAUUGCACUUACUGUACUUAAUGCACUUACAUUUACUGUGUUCAGAUGAACUGGGUUUUCAGACCGUAAAUGAUGUAAUGGAAGAUGUAGAGGGCACUCUAAAGGUAGGGGGAAUUUCAGAGGCCUUGUGCUACACACUGCUUAAAGUGUGCCACUGAUUUCUUUGAUAGGUUAAUAAAUUGUGUUUUAUGAGUUGUUCUCAGUGUA